AAAAUUUUUGUUUCAAAACAAAAAAAAACUUCUUUCUCAUUUCCCGACCCCCAACCAACACCGUUCUACGGCGAAGCUCUGCUCAUCAUCAGAUUAGUUAAUACGCAACUACCAAUGUAACCAACCUGGGGAUUAAAAGAGGAGAGGGUGCACGAAAAGAGAACAACAUUCCUAUAUUCCUCCUCUUUGGCUACGUGCGCAUUCAUUCAUUCAUUCAUUCAUUUGUUUCGUUCCGCUACGGCUACGGGGCAAGCGAGAGAGAUAUGGCGAAUGCCGGGUGCAACCUGGGGCACAGGACGAUCGACGUGCUCAUGUACAUGUGCAUCGACAUGUUCUCCGUGCUUGUCCUCUCCGCGCUCUUCCACCUCGUGCUCCGCCGCCUUGGCCAGCCCAGCGUCAUCUCGCAGCUCCUCGCGGGGGUGGUGAUGGGGAAGACGCUGAUGAGCCGGGUACUGCCGUGGGACGACCUGCACGCGGAGGACAUGGAGGAGAACCUGAACAGCUUCACGGCGAUCGGGCGCAUCUUCAUCAUGUUCCUCAUCGGCCUCGAGAUCGACCUCAACUACCUCUGGCACACCCGCCGCCGCUCCCUCGCCCUCGCCUACGGCGGCGCCCUCUCCUGCGCCCUCCUCGCCGCCGCCUUCUCCCCCCUCCUCCACUCCCUUAUCGCCGCCGACACCGCCUCCGCUGCCGACGGUGGCCGCUUCCGCUUCGCCGCCCUCCUCAUGCUCAUCCUCUCCAACACCGCCUCCCCCGUCGUCGUCCGCAUCGCCACCGAGCUCAAGCUCACCACCUCCGAGACCGGCCGCCUCGCCAUCGCCGCCGCCCUCACCAACGACAUGACCUGCCUCCUCCUCAUCUCCCUCCUCACCGCCACCCCGCUCAGCGACAACGAGAUGUCCUUCCACCAGAAGCUCGCCGCCGGCCUCCUCAUGCUCGCCGCCUCCACCUUCGCCCUCGUCGCCCUCCCCGCCGCCGUCCGCUACAUCAACGCCUGGAACGAGCGCCGCCGCGAGAUCAGCAACUACGAGGUGCUGUUGGUGAUGGUGCUGGUGGCGGGGCUGGCGUCGCUGACGGAGAUGAUCGGCUACAACAACAUGAUGAUGAGCUUCCUGCUGGGGCUGGUGUUCCCGCGGGAGGGGCCGACGAUGCGGACGAUGAUGGCGCGGCUGGCGUUCCCGGUGCACAACGUCGUGCUGCCGCUCUACUUCGCGGUGACGGGGAUGCGGACGGACUUCACGCAGCUGGCGCAGGACCACACGGGGUGGCGGACGGUCGGCACCGCGGUGCUCGUGGUGGUGCUCAGCACUGUGGGGAAGGUCGCCGGGACCGUCGCGGCCGCAAAUCACCUGAAGAUACCGUUCCGGGAAGGAAUGGUGCUGGGGUUCAUCUUGAAUGCAAAAGGUCACGUAGAUAUCAUCACCAUGUCUGUGGCACGAAAGCAAGGGGUGUGGGGUGAGCAAGCGUUCAUUGUCCUUCUGAUAACCGUGUUCGUGAACACCCUCAUGGCGGGCCCAGCGGCAGCGCCGGAGUGGACCCGGCUCGACGGCGAGCUCCGCGUGCUCACCUGCGUGCACGGCCCGCGCGACGUGCUCCCCAUGCUGUCGCUCGCCGAGCUCUCCGGCGGCACUAGCCACACGCCGAUCGCCGUCUACCUCCUCCACCUCGUCGAGCUCACGCAGAAGUACGCCAUCACCUUGAUGUACCACCAGCGCCCCGAGCAGGACGUGGACUCCGCGGGAGGGCUGAUAGCCGGAGACGACACCGACUACGGGGGCGACGACGUGCGGCAGGUGAAUGUCGUGGUCGACGCAUUCACCCGGGAGAGCAGCAUCACCGUGCGGCAGAUGACGGCGGUGUCGUCGUACGCCAACAUGCACGAGGAUGUGUGCAAUGGCGCCGAGGACAUCCGCGCCUGCCUCGUCCUCGUCCCCUUCCACAAGGAGCAGAGGUACGACGGUCGAAUGCUGUGCCGGAAGGACGGGCGGCGCCACAUGAACCUGAAGGUGCUCCAGCACGCGCCCUGCACCGUCGGCAUCCUCGUCGACCGCCGCAUGGGCGGCGGCGUCAGCAACAGCAUGAAGAGCAACGGUGGCAGCAUGCGCGCCGCUCACGACUCUGACGCGGGCCCGCAGGCAGCAGCAGCCACCGCCGACGCGCAGGUCCUGCACCACGUCGUUGCCAUCUUCUUCGGCGGCCCUGACGACCGCGAGGCGGUGGCGUACGCCGGCCGGCUCGCCAUGCACCCGUCCAUCAACAUGACCGUCAUCAGGUUCCUCCACGCCUCCGACAAUCGGAUGAACUCCUCCUCGUCCCGAGUCAGGACCGAGUCGUCGAGCAACACCAGCGAGGUCGCGAUGAUGUUCGACGAGGACCGGGACGCCGAGGAGGACGAGGAGUUCAUGGCGAAUUUCCACAAUAGAUUUGUAGCGUCGGGGAUCGUGACCUACCUGGAGAAGUAUGUGGGCAACGGGCCGGAGUCGGUGACGGCGCUGAGCGUGAUGGCGGGAAUGUACUCGCUCUUCAUAGUGGGGAAGGGCGGAGACCGGAAAAUGCCGACGACGGCGGGGAUCGGCGACUGGGAGGAGUGCUCGGAGUUGGGCCCAGUUGGGGAUCUCCUGGCAUCUGAAGAUUUUAUGGAUACUGGGUCAGUGCUAGUCCUUCAACAGCACAGGUUAUCAAAAACAGGACAGAAAAGCAAAGGCUUAGAGGAUGAGUUCUUGCAAUAGUUUUUAGAGACUUGUGUAAAAAAAAUGUUAUUAAUUAGUCACAUAAUUGGAGUGUAAUUUUAGGUUGUGUUUCAUUUGGAGUAGGCAAUAAUUAAUUAGUGUUCUUCA